AUGAGAAUUAGUGAAAGUAUUCUAUCUACAAAAUUAAAGCUUGCAGUCCUUUUCCGCGGCACUGUAUCAAGUCUUUCUGCAAGUCUUCUCGCAGCACUGUGUAUAGGUUCCUACUCCACUGCAUUAAGAAGACUUUUAGAGUUUGCUAAUGGAGAUCGCGUCUUCCUCAUAUUGAAUCCUACUACGGGUAUUGGAAGAGUCGUUCAGUCUAAGAAGUUGUCUCCUAAGUUCAUUGGUUCUUAUCAGAUUCUGAGACGUAUAGGACCAGUUACUUACGAGAUAGCCUUGCCUCCUCAACUAUCCAACCUUCACUCGGUUUUCCAUGUAUCACAGCUCAGAAAGUAUGUGUCGGAUCCUUCUCAUGUGUCGGAAGUAGAAGAUGUUCAAGUUAGAGAAGACCGUUCGGUUGAGAUGCAGCCAAUCAACAUUGUCGAGAGCCUAACUAAGAUACUUAAAGAAAAAUCCAUCAGUUUAGUUAAGGUUGUAUGGGACAAGAGGACAGGUGAUUUUACCUGGGAAUUGGAAGCUGUCAUAAGGGAAUUGUAUCCUCACCUGUUCUCUG